GCUUCGAGUUUUGAGAUCGCUCGAUCAAUGAUUAUACAAUUGUCAUAAUUAAUUAUUAUUUGAGCAUUAUUAUAUAAUAACUAUUUUUAGUAAAGUAUAUUUAUUAUUAUAUAGUAAUAUUUAUUUUAUUAUUUUAUGAUAAUAUUUUAAAAUUUUAAAAUCUAUUUUGUAAUCUAAAAUCUAUUUUAAAAUAAUAUACUUACUUACUUUUCAUUCUAUUUGCACCCCCCUACUUUUUCAUCCAAACAACAAUUUACCCCUCCACUUACACCCCCCAGCAAUUUACCCCUCAACUUGCACCCUCCUGCAAUUUGCACCCCCUUGUUGCCAAACAGAGCGUGAAACUCUAUCCCUCUUACUAUUAUCUUCCGUUCAGAUUGAGACCAGCUCCGAUAAUCCCAGGUUUUAUCACCAGCAACACCGAAUCCGCUGUGGGUUAAAGUGUAUUAAUCAGUGGGUAGCCAAGUACGAAAUCUCUUGAAGGAAGAAUUUGGGAAGUCUUCGUGUUCCAUGUUCACCAGGUAUUAAUUUCUCAAUCACUGAGGCAUCUAGAUAUAUAGUUAAGCAAGCUAGAAUUUUUAGAUCCCCUGCUCCUUCCAACUCUUUCCUUUUUAGAUCUAUUCGCCCCCUCUAAUGGUUGCCCCUCCUUACAUCUCAACAGAUCUAUUGGUUUGUAGAUCCUUCAAGAUCUAGCCUCCUGAGCUCUAUAUUUGAUUCCAGAUCUGGAAAUCGCAAUCAGCCCAGAUCCCAAUCCACCCGCAGAGCUGCCCUCCUCCGUCUCCAACUCUCCAUUGCCCUCUAUCACAGGCCCUGCUCUGCCUCUCUAUGCUCUCUGGAUCAGCAAGCGAUAAAAUCUGGCAGAAAAUCGAAGACCAGAGCCACAAAAUUCAUGAGAAUAAAGUGACUCGGUUUAUUAGAUGAUGGAGGUUCAGUCGAAUAGACGUUUUUGGUGUUAUAAUUGUGAAUGCUUCAAUUUUGUGUUUGCCUUGUUUUACUUGAUAAUAUAUGUUUGAGAGGUUGUAUGCCCAGAAAGUGGAAGAACAAAAUUAUAAUUACCAGCACUCCUUGAGCUUGUAUGAAAAGGUGUCAGGGCGAUCAUUGUAAAUUGUAAUUUAUUAAAAAAGAACAAAAUUUUGUUCCUUAAAACGUUUAUGUACUAGCAUAGGGCCCGGCCUUAUGGCCGGGUUUGCCCGAUGACUAUGUAAUUAAAAGUGUUUGUUUUGUGAUGAUUUCACAACUUCAACUUUCGUAUUUAUAAUUUAUUAACGUAUAAGUCUUGAGUAAAAGAAUUAUUAUUGAUUAUCAUGAGCAAUGAAUUAUAUGCUAUUGAUAUUCUUGCAUCUCAAAUUAUUGUGUUUCUAAAUCAGGUAUCUUUCGCUUGGUAAGUCCUUCCAACUAAUUUAAUUCUAACCGAAAUAGAAAAGAUAUGAAUUAUUUGAUUAGUCCAAUCGAAAAGAUUAUAAUCCAACAUAUAUCUUAAAACUCAGUUUCCAAAUCACAUUGACUACAAAAAUUAAUUCCAUGAUCUUCAUCUACUUCCAUAAGCUUGGCCAGUAAUUCUAUAUUUUUGUGAAAUAACGUUUACAUUAUCUUAUGUGGCUAUGAUAAUACUAAUGUACUAAUAUUUUAUUUAAUAUAAAAAAUAUUACAAUUAUCUUAGUGAAACUUGAAAAAGGUAAAACUAAAUAUGAAAUCUACAAUUCAGAUUCCAUCUUAAACAAAAAGAAGGAUCUCUGUUGUUAUGGAAUGGUAAUGGGCAGACCGAGGCAAAUAUCCAUACUCGUCGAAAUUUAUUACGACCGAGACAGAUCGGGAAAUUUAUUACGUGCGCGGGUUAGGAUAGGUUGACCCAUAUGGGUAUAUACUUUAAAUUUUAAAGAGAAAAUAUAAAAAAUGUGAACUUUACAUGGAAAAGUCAAGAAACAAUAUAUAACAUGACAAAUGUAGUUAAAUUAAUUUGUAAAAUUAAGAUUCUUACAUAUCCACCGUUUUGUUAUAGCUAAAAUACAAAGUAAUAAAAGUAAAAUUCGAAGUAAUUUGCGAAAAAUUGCAUACAAUUUAAAUAAAACAUGUCGAGAAUUAGCUGAGUUAGAUCAAGUAGAAUACUCAUGCCCGCCCCAACCUAACACAUAUCAAACACGUCCCGUAAAAUAGAUGAGGUCAAAAUUGCAAUCUAUACUUAUUUUGAACUAAAUCAUGUGAUGAAAUAACUAAUAUGAUAUAUUUGUACGGAAAAAAAUAAAAAUGUUGCAAAUCUGUUGAUAUGCCCAAAUAAAUAAAGUUUGGUGUUUUAAACCUUAAUGACUCGCCUAGGCCGUAGGGGUUGUGGACCUUGUGCUUGUGGGCUUGUAAAAAGACGGGGAAAAAGUUAGGCCCUGUUCACUUUCAUUUUCGUUUCCUGUUUUCUGUUUUCAUGUGAUAAAUUUGGCAACCGAAAUGAGAAAACUUAUUUACUUUUCAUUCUGUUUUCUAUUCGUUUCCAACUAUGAAAACAAAAAGUGGCAACUUCCUGCUGUUUUCGGAAACGACAAAAUGUUGUUUUCACCUGUUUUCAACAUCUGUUUUCUCAAAAACAGGAAACAGAAAUGAAAGUAAACAGGCCCUUAGAGUUGGUGAGUAGGUAAUUUAUUGGAUUGUAAGUUUACAAUAAUAUAAGAAAAAGGAAAGGGAAAAAAAAAAGAGCGGCAGUUACUGGGAAGAGCCAAAGAGAAAAUAUACAAAUAUAACCCUCCCCAAUAUGCGGUCUGCGUUGCAAAGGCUGAGGUGGCAAAAGCCAUUUAUUGACAUUGGCUUAUAGGUAUUUGUAGAUUAUCUGUAUUAGUAACAAAAUUGAAUACGUUAAUUGCAAAUUAAUGGGAAAGCCCGCUCAGCUUUUCUUGCAAUUUUAACGAGAGGAAAUUGACCCCUCGUAAGUCGUAAUAGCUUUUAACGAGGGGUGUAAAAAUUCCUGUCGUUAGUGACCUUUACCGGCAAGGCCAAUAAUGAGGGGACGCUUCCUGUCGUCAGUAACUUUUGCCGAGGGUUUUGUGGCUUUUAAUGACCGUUUGUUCCUCUCGUUAAAACCACUUUUUUUUGUAGUGACAGCUUCUUCCUUCAUCCAUGCAUCUCUCCGUCGCAACCCCUCUCUAGGGGUUUCCUCCGCUCCAGUUCUCGGUGAGUACUCUUGACGCCCCCUCCCCUGAAAUUCACAAUUACCUCUGGCUUUUAUCAAUUCAGCUUGGGGGAACCAAGAAAUUGAAUCGAUUGGGUGAUAUGCAGGGCUGCCGUCGAUGGCGAAAAGAGGGAGAGUGGUGAAGUGCUCGGCGGAAGGAAACGGAAAAAACGGCAGCGGGUGGGAGAAGAAGGGGAUGAUGAGCGCUUCGCUGAUGGCGGCGGUGGCCGCAGCAGCUGCGUCGAGCCCAGCGGCGAUGGCUCCUCAACGGAUGCGAGUAGCUGAAGCGAUUUGUAGCGACCAUCAAGAGGCUGAAGCAGAGAAGAAAGAAGAAGCAGGGUUCGUGGCGGCGGGGGAGACGGUGGUGGCGGCAGCAGUAGUUGUGCUUCUCGCCGGAAGGGAAAGCCUUGAUCGUCGACAACCUCUUCGCCACGGAGAUAGUUCGCUGCACUCCCAAACGCGAUCUCCUCAGUCGCAGCAGAAGCGGGCCGUCACUGCUUUCCGCCACUGACCACCAAAACGUCUGGUCGUCUUCCCAUGAACUCAGCAACAGCCGGCCGUCAGCGCCUUCCUCCGCUGAACACGAAACCGUGACGCCCUCUUACCAGAAUUUUCCGAUGGAAACUGAUUCUCCUCCUGUCCUGCGGGUAGGCGAAAGAAUAACGUGGGAACCAAGUAGAAAAGGUGGUAUUUCAGCCAAACGAAAAUUAAAUGAAAAAUAAAUAAUAACUAAAUGAUAACGUGGGAAACCAGGAGAAAAAGGUGGGUAGUGGACGAUUCCUAGUUCUGCAAUCUGGCGGGUAGUUAUAUUUUUUUCCCGCUCAACACCCUGCCACAUCAGAUUCCUAAAAUCACUCUAUGGAUAGGAAAAUUUGAAUGGCAGUGGCGGUUUUACUUUUCAGCUAUAAAUUAUACGGUUGAUUAAACAAUCGCUGAAAUAAAUUUGAACGUGGAGAUUCCCAACUCCCAUCUUCGUCAGACAGUUCGAAAUCGGGACGUCCUGGCGUGUUCUGUUAAUUUGAACUGUCUUGGUGGUCACGAAAGAAAACGACAGUAGGUCACAUCAGAAAAACUCUUGUCCUACAGUAACUCCAUUGUAUCUUUAAAUGAUUUUCAGGAUUAUUAAAUAUUCCAUCGGCUGGUUACGAAGAGUUUUUUUUUUUUUUCAUAAAUAGGAACUAGCGUGUGGCACAGGCCAGUUGGCCGGAGGAAGGUGAGGUAUGAAAUUUGAUAAUGUAAUGGAGUGUAUAGCUUAUUGUUGUAUAGUUUUUUUGGGAAACACGUGAUAAAAAUACUGAAUUUUAGUAGGAAAGAGACAUGAAUGAUGCAACGAAUCAAAAAUCAACCUUAUGAACCAAAAUCAAGUACUUGUUACCUUGUGAAACAAUAUUAUUUCUGGUAAUAUGAUGAGGUGGAGUAAGUUUUAUAGAAACCGAAUUCCAGAAAAUCGAAUAAAAAAUCACCUAUCCCGCCGGUUUUCGGGAAAUGAACAUCUCACAAUCGUUGCUAGCUUUUACUCGGCCCGUCGGCCGAUUAAUUUGCUUUAUAAAACUUUCAUCUUGUCGUCAUUGUGCUUUCUAGUUUUUGCCAGACCAUGAUAAAAUCUAAAGAAAUCAAGAACGAACAACAUGAUUUGGGAUAGGAACCGUUGUUCCUGUAUUCCUAGAAAAUGGUGGUAAACACGGACUCACUAUAUCGAGGAGAUUACAGAUUACAGAGGAGUAUGAGAAGUAUUUAUAGUACUUAUCCAAGUGGGUCUAAACCUAAUCCAAUAUGGCAAAGGAAACGGUUACAGACUAGGCCCAGAACCAGAACCCAAAUAACAUUGAGCCCAUAGACCCCCGACUAAUCCAGUCGUAGCGGCUGAUAGUCCGAUUCAAGUCACAUCAACAUACCUGUUAUGGAACAAUCCAAGUACCACAUCGAAAAUACAAAAGAAUGAGCCAUUGUUUAUUAAUGUACGCUUUGGGCCAAACCCGCACGGUUUUACUUUUGGAUUUCCUCCCCAAAAGGCCUCGUACUAAUGAACUUGAUGGACACCAAUAUACAAGGGUUCUUUCCCUUAUAUUUCUGAUGUGUACUUGGAUUGUCUCAUAACAAUCCUCCCCUCAAGACAAGGACCACGAACUUCGUGUGCUCUCCUCAACGAUUAUCUUGAUCUGUCAGACGCCUUGUAGCCCAGACGUGGAUCCACCAAACCAGGCACAGAUCUCAAAUCCCGAGGUCACCGAACGAGGGUCCACCCAACUGACAUCCACUGCCAUAGGUCCGCCAAACCAGGCUCUGAUACCACUUGUCGUAACCGAGGUGCUUAAUUAAGUACAAUAUUGUUCGCUUUGGACCAAGCGCGCACGAUUUUACUCUUGGGUGUCCUCCUCAAAAUGCGUCGUACUAAUUGGACUAGGUGAACUCUUAUAUACAAAGAUUCCUUCCUUUAUAUUACCGAUAUGGUACUUGGAUUGUCCCAUAACCAUACCAAUGUACCAUACCAUAUCAUUUCACAACCCCAAUUCUUAUCGUACACAUGCAUGUCGUCUAAUUGGAAUUGUUACCAGACUUAAUACCAUGUUGAACAGCUGUAAGCCACUUUGAGGGAAAGCGGAUAGGCACGGAUUUUAUUUCACCAAAGGAAAAAUUACAUUGUUUCAAUAUACUACAUACACAUAUAGUAUCUGAUAAAAAUAACUAAUGAAAUUAAACAAAUAUUACAAAACAGUCCUAAAACUAUACAAUUUAAACAGCUAAGUAAUUGGUGUAUCUCCCUCGGACAAGAGAGAGAGCAGUGCAUGUGAUUCCAUGGUUUAGCUUAGAGUAAAUUAGUUAGAAUUCGUGCAAUUGUUAGAAUUGAUGUAUGAAUACUUUAACUGUAAUUUAAUGUAUUGUCUAAAUGCAUGUAUUUUAAGAUUACAUUGUUUGGCCGUUGCGAUUGUUAUUUUAGGAAUAAAAUGAGAAAGUCACAUUUUAAGUGAAAGGUCAUGUUUACCGUUUCUUUUACGUAUAUGAGUAAAAAAUGCAUAAAAGUUGAUAGGGAUAUAAAGGGAAAGAAAAAAUGAAAGAACAAUCUCAAACCACAAUCUCACCAAAUUGUUGAGAUUGUAAAUCAUUCAUAUUGAGUGAUUUCAAGUGCCACAUCCAUCGAUCAAAUGCAUGCACUGUUAUUCAUUUUGAAACAAAAAAAAACGCAAUGCAUUCUAUUCAAUACAUGCAUUCAUUAAAUGCAUAGUUUCGAUACGCAUAUACCAAACGCCCACCCCUUAGACACUAAUGAAAGGUAUUUUAGGAAUUAUAUCAAACAUUAAAAAUCAGGUGUUACAUCACAUCACCAUUAACCAAACCGUCUAUGAUUAACCAUUUCUUGUCACGUCAUUGAUAACAAAUGACAAUAAUAAUAAUAAUAUAUAAAACAUGUAUAAUCAAAAAAAUUAAAGUGUUGCACCACCAAAUACUGAAACCAACAUGUUUGGUAUCAAAACCAUUUUUCUUUAAUAAGACGCGUAUUAUAAUCAUUAGAACCGCUGGUUCAUGUCACAGACACAAUCCAUGUAGUAUAAUUACGGCUGAAAGACACCCAUAAUUAGGGUAAUGCUGAAGGCAGUUCGCGUACGAGUAGGUGCAACCACCACCUUCACAGUCUGUUGAACGGAAGCAUUAAAUAUUGCUGCUGGAAAGUUGUAUACGAGGUUGUCCCUCUGUUACUGUUGCAUCAAAUUGAAAGCAUCUACAUAAGCGAGCUGCUGCAUGGGCUUAAUUAACAAAACCCUCGCUAAAAAUGGAGAAGGUGGAGAGUACUAUCGGGCUGCAUAGUUAGUAAAAUAUGGUACGUGAGAGUUACGUAUGAAAUACGUACGGGUAUUUUACUUCAAUCUCUAAACUAAUGUUACGUUUUCAACAGUACGUUAAUAGUCAUAAACAUAUAAACUAAAGUUAACAAUUUAAUUCAUUAAAUACGGAUAUUCAACGGGUUAUACGGGUUUAGUACGGGAGCCAUCAAAUGAAGGAGGAAAAAAAAUGAAACGGCCUGAUAAUAAUACGAAGACGGAAGUUUUAAGCGCGGAUAAACAUAGUAAGGGGUACAUAUACGCGUGUAUUAAACGGAGUAUUUACUCACUAUACGCAGUGUGGGCUGCAAAGGAUCGCAGAGUUUUUCGUACGUACGUACCUGAGAUUCAAGGCAGAAGGCGUGCAUGCAUGCGCUCAGGUGAAUCAUGAACACUAUGUAAGUAGACAGAGCCAACACAAGAACGAAGAGGAAAGAAGUGAAAAGAGAUGGCCCAUAAUUAUGAGAAUCAUCAGGACACAAUAUUACAUUACAUGGGAUUAGGACGACCCAUAAGAUGAUGGGAAGCAAGAUGGCCAACAUAGGGAUAGGAUUACUGGGCAUGAUCUUCGUCGCCAUGGCUAAUCUGUGUGUUGUUGAAGCUUAAGUGGGAUAAUUAAUGUAUCUUUUUUGUAUGGAUGUUGAUUAAUUAGCACUUGAAGUAGUAGGUGGCUGCUAAAUUAUAUACACCACUGGAUGAAGAGUGGUCAUGAUUUUGAUUUGGAUUUGUUAGUAUAAAAUAGGUCACUAAUAAUGCUAUUAUUUGGGAUUAAUUGGAAUUGCUCUUUUAAUGUUGCGUACGCAAGCAUAUAUCAUCUAAUUGGAAGGAAGGUUGUGUUUGUUAUCACUUAGCACAAUACUUGUGAUUCAAAAAAAAAAAAAAAAAAAGGGUAACAAUAUUCCCAUUUGUAUAUUUUAAUUUUUUUUUUCUCGCAAGUUCAUCGAUUUGUUCGAGCAUAUUAUCUUUGUAUUUAUUGCUCCUAACCUUUGAAAGAAUACCAAUCAGGCAAAGCAUAUUAUCUUAUGUUUUAUUUUGUUUAAUCGCAAGCUCAUCGAUUGUUCGAGCAUAUUAUCUUUUGUGAAUAUGUUAAAACAGGAAAUCCUGGUCAAACAAACUCCCACAUUUUCUCGUCCUUAUUUGAGAUUAAACAAAUCCCUGAUAUCAAUUUGUACGUGGAUUCCCAACACCCUUCUUUGUCAAACAAUUCGAAAUCGCGACUUUCAGCCAGGCGUGCUGUUAAUUUGAAGGUCUCGAUGGUCACGAAAGAAAAUGACAGUACGUAGUUCACGUCAGAAAAAAACUGCUAUGCUACGGUAACUCCAUUAUAUCUUUAAUGAUUUUCCAGGAUUAUUAAAUAUUCCAUCUGUUGGUAACGAUCGAAGAGUUUUCUUUUGUGUGCAUAAAUAGAAGUUUUAUCUCUCGGUAGGGGUGACUAUACGGUCCGGUCUGGUUUAAUUGGCUCAAAUUGAUCUGGUCCAGUCCGGGUUUUUUGAAAAUAUAAGGACCGAAAAUUGGAUUGGAUACAGUCCGGUCUUGAUUCGGUCCGGUCUUGACCCGGUCCGGUCUCAAUUCGGUCUUGAUUUUAUAUUGAGAUUGUGGGAAUUUGAGUGGCCUAAGGCCUAAAAGGGUGAGGAGUUGGUUAAGUUUUGUACUAAGUGCAAAGGUUUGUGACCGUUUAUGCAAAUUACCCUUAAGUUUUGGGUGUUGAGCUCUCUUAUCCGGUCUUUAUCCGGUUUUUUACCUCAAAUCUAAGCCCAAAGAUUGGAUUGGAUUGUUUACUAUCCGGUCCCGGUCCGGUCUCGGUCCGGGUUAAACGGUCCGGUUUCCGGUUUUUCAUCCGGUCCCGGUCCAAAUAGCCAGCCCUAUCUCUCGGGAUGGUUUGUGCACAUCAAAUAAGGAUCCCUCAUAUAUAACUAGCCAUAGUGUUUAGGGGUGGCUAUACGGUCCGGUUAAAUUGGCCCAAAUUGAUCCGGUCCAGUCCGGUUUUUUUUGAAAAUAUAAGGACCGAAGAUUGGAUUGGAUACAGUCCGGUCUUGAUCCGGUCUGGUCUUGACCCGGUCCGGUCCCAAUUCGGUCUUGAUUUUAUAUUGAGAUUGUGGGAAUUUGAGUGGCCUAAGGCCUAAAAGGGUGAGGAGUUGGUUAAGUUUUGUACUAAGUGCAAAGGUUUGUGACCGUUUAUGCAAAUUACCCUUAAGUUUUGGGUGUUGAGCUCUCUUAUCCGGUCUUUAUCCGGUUUUUUACCUCAAAUCUAAGCCCAAAGAUUGGAUUGGAUUGUUUACUAUCCGGUCCCGAUCCGGUCUCGGUCCGGGUUAUACGGUCCGGUUUCCGGUUUUUCAUCUGAUCCCGGUCCAAAUAGCCAGCCCUAAUAGUGUUGGCGAUCAACAUAUUGAGUUCAGGCUAUCAAUGGCGGACGACAACAGUGACUAAUCUCUCGUUACGUCUAGGUGAUCAUGCACGAAACGUCAAAUGGUUAGACACAGAGCGAGUCUGAGCUAUCUUCCCCGUGAGCAGGGAUCGAUUCUCGAUCAAUCUCUCGAGUGUUGUUCAUAUUGGUUGGUAUUUCAUUCAUGAAAAAUACUUUUGCAGGUACUGUAAAUACAUAUUCGUUUCAUUUUUUUUUUUUUUUUGCAUGAAAUGAUAACAUGUAGUACCCGCAAAAGUAUUGUUAUGCAUGAAAGGUUAAUUGGCUAACUGUUGUAUAACCUAAUUUUACUCGCACGAGGAGGUCAAGUAACAAAUUCUUGAAAAGCAA